AGACUAGCCAGCUUGCCGGAGCAGGGCCGGGAAAUCUAGCCCGUAGGCUGGGGCGGGGCCGGAGAGACUUGUCUGCACCACAGGGUGGGGCGACGAGCCUUGUCGAAAAAGAAAAAGCGGGGACGGGACCUCUGGGUCCUGUCUAGGAGUCGCGGGAGACGGUGGAGACUAGUCCGAGUUGGAGGCCGGGCCUGUGUUCCUGCUCUAGCCCGGAGGAGGCCUCUGAGUCUGGACCCGGAAAGGGUGGAGCCUCUAAGCUCAAACCCGGAAGCGCGAGAGAGGCUUCCGAGCCUAGACCAGGAAACCGGCUUUCUGGGAUCUUAGGCCGGGAAGUCUGCGGCGAGCAUUCCUGCCUCACGGAGGAGGCGGUGGUGGGGCGGGACUCGGGGCCUCAUGCAGCAGGGCGGGGUUCCAGCGCCAUUGCCAGGCUAGCGGGAGGUGGGGCGGCCCGGCCCGCCGUGGCCCGGAUGUUCGGCCGCUGCGUUCGGACCCGCUGAUCCUCCGGCCUCUCUGGGGAACCUAGUGUGGCCAAUGGCUGUCGAUAUUCAACCAGCAUGCCUUGGACUCUACUGUGGGAAGACUCUGUUGUUUAAAAAUGGCUCCAAUGAGAUCUAUGGAGAAUGUGGGGUCUGCCCAAGAGGACAGAGGACAAAUGCGCAGAAAUACUGCCAGCCCUGCACAGAGUCCCCAGAGCUUUAUGACUGGCUCUAUCUUGGAUUUAUGGCAAUGCUUCCUCUUGUUUUACAUUGGUUCUUCAUUGAGUGGUACUCGGGGAAAAAGAGCUCCAGUGCCCUUUUCCAGCACAUCACGGCGCUGUUUGAGUGCAGUAUGGCAGCUGUCAUCACCUUGCUCGUGAGUGAUCCUGUGGGCGUCCUUUACAUCCGUUCCUGCCGAGUGCUGAUGCUCUCCGAUUGGUACACGAUGCUCUACAACCCGAGUCCAGAUUACGUCACCACGGUGCACUGCACCCACGAAGCCGUCUACCCACUAUACACCAUCGUGUUUGUUUAUUACGCUUUCUGCUUGGUGUUAAUGAUGCUUCUCCGACCUCUUCUGGUGAAGAAGAUUGCCUGCGGACUAGGGAAAUCUGACCGGUUCAAAAGCAUUUAUGCUGCACUUUACUUCUUCCCCAUUUUAACCGUGCUGCAGGCGGUUGGUGGGGGCCUCCUGUAUUAUGCCUUCCCAUACAUCAUAUUAGUGUUAUCUUUGGUCACUCUGGCUGUGUACAUGUCUGCUUCUGAAAUAGAGAACUGCUAUGACCUUCUGGUCAGGAAGAAAAGACUUAUUGUCCUCUUCAGCCACUGGCUCCUGCAUGCCUAUGGAAUUAUCUCCAUCUCCAGAGUGGACAGGCUGGAACAUGACCUGCCGCUUCUGGCUUUGGUACCCACACCAGCCCUGUUCUACUUGUUCACUGCAAAAUUUACCGAACCAUCACGGAUACUCUCAGAAGGGGCCAAUGGACACUGAAUAUAAAAUGCCAAAACCAAACAAACAGAUGAACAAAACAAAAUCCUAAAAAGUAUUCUUAAUAAAAAAAAAAAAAAAAGGAAAAAAUAACUUAAAAUGUGAAAAAUAAAGAAUUUAAAAUGUAUUAAUAGCUUCUGUCGUACAUGGGAACAGGAUUGUCUGGAUAUCGUAAUGCUUGUUUUUGUCUUUGGCUUUUGGGCCUGUGGUUAGUCUUGGAAAUUACACAUCAUGGCACUGUGCUACACACGUUAUCAACAUGUCAUACUAGAAGCCCGAGCACGCACUUUUAGUUGCUCUUUGAUCACAGCCGUGUUUCUGUGCACCUGUGCUAAUGGGUGUCUCUCAGCUUUUUGCGAAAAACCUUUAUCAAGUUUGUUCUAAACUCCUUUGCUGUGGCAUUGUUAGUCUUCCUGUUCUCUGUGCGUCUGGCCUUUUUCCUAUAAGGAAUUGCAAAGGCAAACGUACUUUUGGAGUGUGAUGGCAAAAACAGAAACAAAGAAUGUCUUUGUCAAUAUCUAUUUAUUUUCACCAAUACAGUGUUUUACAGUAUUACAAAAAUAAAGCAUAAUUUAUAUAACGAGUUUUCUGUUUAUAGACAAUUUGCUUGAAGACAUGUUCAGAUUAUCGUUUCUGUGUCUUUUUCUGUGUCGUUUUCUGUAAAGAAAACAAUAAAGAAUUUAACUGUAAAAUAA